UUCUCUCUUUUCUGCUUCGAUGUUUUAUUGAUGAGCGAGAAAAAAAAAUUAAUUCAGAGAAAGUGUCAAUAGUUGUCUUUGGGAUUGGAGUAAAAAAGAAAGUAAUCAUCGUCCUCGGCCUCGAUUGGGGCGCGACCUCAUAAUGGACUCUCCCGCCAGCUGCCUCAUCCACCGGGAGCCGAACGGCGCUGCUGCACCACGGCCGAGUGGGCCCCGCGUCAAUAGUUGUCGGGGCCGUGCAUCGAACUGACGGCUUUGAGACGUGGUCCUCAUCAUGAUGGCUACGGCGCACCGACCCAUCAGGGCCGUCCAACGAACGAACCCCUUACCCGAAAUGUUCUGGUGGGGCCCCGACCCCUGCGUGAGUCGAUUCGUGGCCCCCUCCGCCACGAGCCCUGUCGCGUCCCAGACUCGCUCGUGAAGCCGUUGAGCGGUGUGUUGUUGGAUCGAAUGGUUUCAGUAGCUGUGUUGAGCACCAUCUGUGGUGUCUCUGAUACCACUAGUGGUGUUCCCUGAGCCACAACACCUACCCGUCAAUCUAAUAAUCGUAAUCUCAUGCGGUGUCGAAGCACACAGGAUUGGUUUUUCUUAGUUGUCUGUAGCCUGAUAGGUUGCUGAGUGAAGGAUUGGUUGUUCAUAGUAUCAGCAAGCAAAACCAAGAUUUACAUGGUCCUGGAGUUCGUUAAUGGUGGCGAGUUGUUCGACAAAAUUUUGAAGGGAAAGCUUUCAGAGGAAGAAGGAAGGAGGCUUUUCCAGCAGUUGAUUGAUGCUGUCAGCUACUGCCAUGAUAAGGGUGUUUACCACAGGGAUUUGAAGCCAGAAAAUGUGCUUGUAGAUGCAAAAGGAGACAUAAAGAUUUCAGAUUUUGGCCUCAGUGCUUUACCUCAGCAUCUUGGGAAUGAUGGUUUGUUGCACACAACAUGUGGAAGCCCAAACUACAUUGCUCCUGAGGUCCUCUCCAAUCGAGGUUACGAUGGCUCGAGGUCAGAUAUCUGGUCUUGUGGUGUCAUCCUCUAUGUCAUCCUCACUGGCUUUCUCCCUUUCGAUGACCGGAAUCUCGCUGUUCUUUAUCAGAAGAUCUCGAAGGGAGAAACCGAGAUCCCCAAGUGGCUCUCUCCUGGUGCUCAAAACAUUUUGAAAAGAAUUCUUGAUCCAAAUCCUAUAAUGCGAAUAAAUAUGGCGGGAAUCAAAGCAGAUGACUGGUUCAAGCAAGAUUAUGCACCUAUUGUUCCAAAUGAUGAUGACGACGACAAAGAUGUAGAUAGUCUUUAUGCUUCUCUUUGCAUUAAAGAGCAUAAUGUGCCAGAUGAAGAUAGAACUUCAUCUAGUCAUAUCAAUGCAUUUCAGCUGAUUGGAAUGUCUUCAUCACUUGACCUUUCUGGAUUCUUUGAGAACGAGGAUGUAUCCGAAAGGAAAAUUAGGUUCACAUCGAACCAUGCGCCAAAACAUCUGUUCAACAAGAUUGAGGACAUUGCUACAGAAAUGGGGCUUCAGGCUCACAGGGGACCUGGCAAAUUGAAAGUUACCCAGAAGCACGACCCAAAGAGCCCCGGGAGCACUGGCUCACUCUCUGUUGCUGCAGAGGUGUUUGAGCUGAGUCCAUCUUUGUAUGUUGUGGAACUGAGGAAGUCACAAGGUGAUUCUUCAUUGUACAGAAAGAUGUGUGCAAAGCUAUCAGAGAAUUUGGGUGACUGUUAGGGACAACAGCAGCUUUAGGAGGCCAAGAUGUCAGCAGCCAUGAAGAGGAGGUGCCUCCUGCUGUGUUGUAACCCAAUGAGGCUUUGUAGCAUUAGGUGCAGGAAUGUAUGCUUGGAAUAACUGAAAAAGUGUAGAUAAGAAAGCAUCCUUGGAGGAUGUUGUGAUGGGCUUGUGUUGGAUACGGUGAGUAUGAUUUUCUUUUUUCCCUCUCUCUUCUUUUUAGCAUUAAUUGUUAUCCUCCGCAAAGAGGGGAAGAGUUCGCAUAAAAAAUUGUUUGUAUUAUGCUCCUCGGUAGCGAGGAGAUUCAUUCAUAUA